UUCAUCGGCAGAGGAAGACAAAAUGGCGACCGCGUUGGAGUCCAUGGUUGUUGACGAGAAACAAAUCCCGGAAAAGCCGGUAGAUAGAGAAAAGACGUGUCCUCUUCUUCUCCGGGUAUUUUGUAAUACCGGACGACACCACAACAUCGUAGAAUACAGCAGAGGGAAUGUGCCGUCGAAUGAAUUGCAAAUUUACACCUGGAUGGAUGCUACGUUGAGAGAGAUUACGGGACUGGUCAAAGAAGUUAAUCCCGACGCCCGCAGCAAAGGGACGUACUUCGAUUUCUCUCUGGUUACUCCUGAAUUGCGUAACUCUGGCUACCGCAUGAGAGAAAUUGGCGUAACUUGCUCGGGGCAAAAAGGUGCCGACGACAAUAAAACCCUGGCCCAAGCGAGGUUUACAAUAGGCGAUUACCUGGACAUCUCUAUUACUCCACCCAACAGAAUGAUGCAGCCCAUGAUCCGUCGAGGAGGUCUUAGGCAAUACUGAUAUAAGUGAAAAAUUCUUCUAUAUAGUAUUUGAUUUUCUAUGUUUCUUUAACACUUUAUAUUCAUUCCUGACAAGAUUUUUUGCACAGUUUACACAGUAUUCCUUCCUUUCAUUUGCCCGAAGUUACUCAAUUCGUUGACAUCGUGUAAGAGAGGCACUAAGAAUGACCCGUUUAAAUUAAUGACUGUACCAUACAAAGUGAUACAAAUACAGAGAUAGUAUCGUAAGUCUUGUACCAAAUACAUGUGUGAAUAUAUGAGAACUACGCGAAUGAA